CAUCCCGAGGGAACAUUGUCACAUGACAUGCAGACCUGGAAACCGUGUGUAAACCCUACAAGAGGCCAACCGUGAAUGGUCCGAGGGUAGCAGACAAUUGGUUAAAAAGAAAGUAAAUCGUGAAUGAUCCGAGGGUACCUUCAGGGCUUGAAGAAAACAUUUUCAUUAAACACGGGCGCUUGAAGCAUCUGGCAACCGCAAAGGAGGGAAGACGAAGCAACAGUAGAUGCGAAUUAUGGAAGAGGAAGUGAAGGGGUUGGUGGAUGUUGUGGAAGCUCUUAAAGCCUCAUCACCUGCAUCGUUUAAACCUCAAUUUGAUAAAUUGCAACAACAUUUGGAUCGUAUUGCAUGUAUUGUGAAGGGUUCAAUCAUGAGACGCCCAAAAAUAAAGGAUAUGAGCUCUGAAGUAAAUGACGCCAAUCCUUAUAGUAGACUAAUGGCAUUGAAGCGGAUGGGUAUUGUGGACAAUUUUGAAAGGAUUCGAGAAUUCUCGGUUGCUAUCAUUGGCAUUGGUGGUGUAGGAAGUGUUGCAGCUGAAAUGCUCACAAGAUGUGGAAUUGGGCGACUUUUGUUGUAUGAUUAUGACACUGUGGAAUUAGCAAAUAUGAAUAGACUUUUCUUCCGGCCAGAACAGGUUGGUAUGACUAAAACAGAUGCUGCAGUUCAGACACUUACUAACAUUAAUCCAGAUGUUUUACUUGAGAGCUAUACUUUAAAUAUCACCACUGUCAAAGGUUUUGAAAAAUUUAUGGAGAGUUUGACAAACCAAGUAUUUAAGUCCUCCACAAGCAGACAGAGUGGAGUUGAUUUGGUUUUAAGCUGCGUGGAUAACUAUGAGGCUCGCAUGGUUGUGAACCAGGCUUGCAAUGAACUAAACCAAACAUGGAUGGAAUCAGGUGUGUCAGAAGAUGCUGUAUCCGGGCAUAUUCAGUUGCUGAUUCCAGGAGAAACAGCUUGCUUUGCAUGUGCUCCACCCCUGGUAGUUGCAUCUGGAAUUGAUGAGCGUACACUUAAGCGUGAAGGAGUAUGUGCAGCAUCAUUACCCACUACAAUGGGGGUGGUGGCUGGUAUUUUGGUUCAAAACACUCUCAAGUACUUGCUACAUUUCGGACAAGUUUCCAAGUACUUGGGAUACAAUUCUCUUAAAGAUUAUUUUCCAACAAUGGAGAUGUUGCCAAAUCCCCAAUGUUCUAAUUUAGCUUGUCGGGAACGUCAGCAAGAAUACAUUCAGAUGAAGCCUGCAAGAGAUGCUGCAGCAAGGGUUAGGGAAGAAGCAGAGGUAGCUGCUGCAUGUGAUCUUCCAGUCCAUGAUGAUAAUGAAUGGAAUAUAAGCAUUGUUGAUGAUGAAAAAUUAGAGGCUACAAUGGACAGUUCUCUAUCAGGUGACUUCCAUCUUCCGGAGGGACUUGCUCACGAGCUCCCAAAACCAGACGACACAAUGGUUUUACUAGAAGAAUCAUCGAUGUUGCAUACACAUUAUGAACUGGAUGAUCUUCAGAAGCAAUUGGAGGAGCUGAAUAAAUAGUGCAGAUUAGCCCGUCUCUUAUGUUGUACGGCCAACUAUCGCCGGUAGUGAAAAGGGCGACUAUUUUCCAAUGCCAAUAGCUAUAACUUGUUUUGUAUUCACAUUGAAAAAUGCUUAACUAUGAUAUAGGGGUAAAAAUCAAUAAAGAACUUCUGAAAAUUGUCAAAAUUUGUUUCUUGGUCUCGAAUGAGAUAAAUGUUGAAGAUUCUGCUAACAGUGAAUGUAAUACCCUGCAUUAAUUUCAAUUCGCUUUUUUAAUCAA